ACCUUAAAUUUAUUGACCAUACCGUGGUAACUACAAAUUUGCACGAAAGCUCUAAAGAAGUUGCUUUGUUAUUGUUCGAAUCGUGGAGGAAUGAUGAUUUAGAACUUGUACAAUUUAAAAGUGGAAUCACUAAUAAACUUGUAAAAUGUACCAAUAAGCGCCUCCAAGUUUCUAUACUGAUUCGUACUUAUGGUAAAAAAUCAGAAAUCAUUAUUGACAGAAAACGAGAAACCUCAAAUAUAAUACAUUUAUCUAAGCUUGGACUGGUCCGUCAAGUUUAUUGUCGAUUUAACAAUGGAAUUGUGUAUGGUUAUACUUCUGGUCGUGCGCUUUCCGUACCAGACAUGAGUAAUCAGCAUAUAUGUUUGCUUAUUGCAGAACAUAUGGCGGUUUGGCAUAAGGUAAACAUCUCUGAUGAAAAGGAAUCUACUUUAUUUCCUAUUUUACGGAAGUGGUUAAAAGAAGUACCAAAAUCGUAUAACAAUUCAAAAACUGAUGAGAAAUUUCAAAAAAAUUUUAAAUUAGAAGAACUCUUUAAUGAAUUAAUUGUUUUAGAAAAUGAACUAGUAAAGUUAGGAUCUCCUAUCGUUUUUUGUCAUAAUGAUCUCUUGAGUGGAAACAUUAUUUUUGAAGAGGCUAGAAACAAGAUCUCGUUCAUAGAUCUUGAGUAUGGAUCAAUGAACUAUAGAUCAUUUGAUAUUGCAAAUCAUUUCAAUGAGUUUGCAGGGUUUGAAUGUGAUUAUAAUUUAUACCCAUCUAAAGAAUUUCAAAUAAAAUGGCUGAAACACUAUCUUUGCUCAUAUAAUCCUGAUACUACUAUUACUGAAGAAGAAGUUAAUGAACUAUAUCGUGAAGUUAAUAAAUUCGCAUUAGCAUCCCAUUUCUUCUGGGGUGUAUGGGGAUUGGUUCAAGCCCAGUUUUCAGAAAUUAAUUUUGAUUAUAUAGAAUAUGCGAUAUUAAGAUUUAAAGAAUAUCAUAAUAAAAAAGAAGAGUUUCUAGCAUUAUAA